GGGCAAGGUAAAAACGGUAAUCCCUUUCAAAUCUGUCCGCCGUUUCGUUUCAACGACCUUGAACGCGCUGACUGGAAGCGGGCAUUCCGUAUUUCAAUUGCCGUGUGUGUGUUGGGUCCUAUGAGUAUUAAAUGUUUCCAUAUAUAAGUCAUCUUUUGAUGCAUAAUAAACACUAAAUAACUGCUAAGAGCAUUAACUGAGUAUUUUAUGUUUCGUAGUGCACACUUUAGCUCUGUUGUUCCUUCGAAACUUGAUCUGUGGUCCUAAGUGCUGUAUUAAAAGUCAACAGCUAUAUAUAAUUUGUUGAUAAGGUCCAGAAAACAACGUAAGAAAGAUAAAAUAACGUAAAAGGUUAUAGAUGCGCCUAGUUUUUGUGAGUUAAGACGAAAUGUCAACUGAAGGUGCUUCAUGCUCAAGUGAAAUUUCAGUGAACGUAAGCGACGCGUUCCAACGUAUUAUGCUGAACAAGAGAUUCGGAAGCUGGAUUGAAUUAGAUAAUGCGCUAAAGGAUUUCCAUAAAGUAUGAUAGGAUAAAUCCAUGUUUUCUCAGAUGACCCAUACACACUAUGUUCACGCAGAAAGUAGAUUGUUGAAGGAUGUGAGAUAUAAAUACUUGUUCGUAGUGUUUCGUUGCACGUAUGGUCGUAAACGUAAAUCAGAAGGUCUGAAUGUGAAUAAAAAACCGUGAGGACUCUAACUAAUGUGUUACAUUUAAGGUCUAAAUUUUUAAGUUGCCAAUCGAUGUUUCGCGUAAGAUUGGAGGGUCAACAAUACGUUAUAAAAUCUUACAACAUGUCUCACAACCAUCGGUGUACUAGUUCGUGGAUGGUUUGUGAUCCGUUGAGUAAACGAUUGUCAUCAGAAGAAAAAGAAAACUUGAAACCAGUUAUAUUGCACUGUCAGUCGACGGACGAAGUUAUCGAAAGUAUUAAGGAAAGAACAGGUAAGCAGGUGACCGCUGCUGAUGUGAAAAAUAUGAAAGCUGAACUCUCCACUGGUUGGACUCGGAAGCAGGUAUUGCAGAUGAUGCGACAAAACGGUGAAGUUAGAGAGCAUGCAGAAAAUGGAUGUAUUACGGCGAUAUGCUUCAGCAGUUAUGAUCAGAUACGGCUGUACAGUCAAUAUCCCGAAGUCGUGUGUAUUGAUUCUACUUAUAAAACUAAUAAUAAAAAAUAUUCAUUAUUCCAGUUAGUGGUGACAGACAAUUGGGGUCGAGGUCGAACUGUUAUGUUUGCAUGGACACAAAAAGAAAAGCGUGCCGAUGUUACGUGGAUUUUGGAUAAAUUCAAGGAGAUAAUGGGUAACACGACCAAAACAGAAACAUUUGUGAUGGAUUGCGCACGAUCUGAAAGCGCGGCUGUCCGUAUAACGCACGGGCAUGCAAACAUUAUUUUGUGCGCCUUUCAUUACGAAGUGGAUGUAAGUAUUUGUGAAUGCAAUUGUAGCACGUUUAAUAUGUGUCGAUAUCCGUGCCGCCAUCUCCUGCUGGCAUAUAUUAAAAGACGAAAUCUAACAGGUGUUGCUGCAGAUGGAAAUUAGACAAUACGCACAAUUUACAAAACAACACAGGAAUUUCAUUACCGAGACGG